AUGUCAGUAGUAUCAGGUUUAAAAGGCGAAGCUUCGCAACAAGCUCGUUCGCUGUAUCGACAAUUAUUGAGACAAGGCAGCCAAUUCGCGGCAUACAACUUCCGAGAAUAUGCAAAACGCAGGACGAGGGACUCGUUCAGAGAACACAAGGAUGUUCAAGAUGAGAGGAAAGUCCAGGAAUUGAUGCAGAAAGGACUGAAGGAAUUACAAACCUUGAAGAGGCAAACUGUUGUCAGCCAGUUCUUCCAAAUCGAUCGAUUAGUGGUUGAGGGUGGAAAGUCGGUAUGUGUUCAAGGAGCUUUUGUGAGAGGAGAAGUGAUGUUGAUUUUCGCCAUAGGGAAAGCAAUCUGGGAAUAA